CACACUUAUCAGGAACCCACGCCUCCCCUAAUUAUAUUGGGCCUCAUAUUGGGCCAUAUUUUGUCGAAUUGCGGAGCAAUAGACCUGUGGCCCAUAUAUGCUCGGCCCAUGGGGUAUUCGUUUGGGGGGCCCGGCCCCGUAGACCCGCAAUCAUUAUUCACGUGGGCCCGGUGCCGCGUUUCGCUGUGGCCCGCGAUGUGUUGGCGACCGUUGAAUCUUAAUUUAAAUCCUGACACAUCCUUUUCCCGCUCAAAUUCCAAUUCAAACAAAGAAGUAGCUUCACUUGGCCCACUCCGCUCUCCUCUGUUCCUCACUCCACUUCUCUUCUAUAAUAACAAACCAUUAGAAAAGGAAAACCAAAUCCACAAAGAAACUGCUCCGAAAGAAAUAUACUUGUAAGUGCUACUUCUCCAAAAAAAAGUAAAAAAAAAAAAAAAAAAAAAAAAAAAAAAAAACAGAGAAAAAGAACAUCCAAGAGAGAUGGAAACCAAUGGCAAGCGAUCAUCCGGCCGCAGUGCAACAGUGGGAUCAUCGACGUUGCGGUAUCCGCUGCGAUCGGCAACAAAGCCCAAGGAGGGAAAGCAGGAUGCUUCUAACUCUGCCGCCGCAAAAAGAGGAAAGCCUUCUUCAGCUGUUACCCAGAGUAUGAAUGUUCUAGAUCUUUCCAGAAAAGACCAUUCUGCCAAACCUCCGCGGAGGCCCUCUAUGCCCACCAAAUCAGUUUGUAGCCCACAUCCGGCCCCUCCGGUCGGGAGUGUAACCCCAGUAACUGAGAUUCGAGCAAGGAGAAAUAAUACGCGAGGGAAAAGCGACACUCCAUCUUCCGAUGCUCCGAGGUCUUGGAGCAGGCGUAGUAGUUUCAACGCAUUGUCUUCGGUUUCUUACUGGCUGACGCAGAUUAAGCUUGCGGAGGCAGCUUCGAAGCACUCGAUAUCGCUAGGCUUCUUUAAGCUCGCGAUGGAAUCGGGAUGUGAGCAUUUUGAUCGAAUGCGUGAAGAGCUCAGAUCCUACGUAAUCAAACAUAAACUUGCAACCGAACUUGGAGACUCGGUGAAAGAUUUACUCCAAAUUUACAACAUAGCGGAUGAUCUUGAGAAGGUAAAGGUCUCUGAAACAAAUUCUCAGCCACCUAAAGAAGGAAAAUCAGAGAAGGAAACUCGCAACACUUCUGCGGUAACAAGAAGGGGGAAUUUGAAACCCAAAUCAUUGAAUUCAAAUACAUUUCCUUCGGCUGAUUUAAAUAGGAAGGAGGGUGUUCAGAAGAAACAACCUGCAUCUAGGGUGAGGGGAUCCUAUAACAAGAACCCAGUGAGUGAACUCCUGGUUAAAGAUUCUAAUACUAAGCAUACUCAGAAGAAAACUCAAAAGCAAAGGAGGGGUCAAUCAAAAGCUGGAAAUGAAGACAUUGGUUUAGAAAACAAACCUAACGCUGAAGCAGUUGCCCUGCUGCCGAAGGAGGUUGCACAUGAAGACAAAGAGAACAUGGGUGUCGAAUUACGGGUGCGUGGGGAAAUUAUUGAAGAAAUUUGAAUGAAUCAACCUGACUUCUCAUAUGAUCAUGUAUUGCUGAGUGUGAAGAUUCUUUUGUUUUUUUUUUUUUCUUUUACUGGGAUUGCUGAGUGUGAAGAUAAGUUAUGUUUGUCUUUAAAGUGUGAUUAUUGAUAUAAUAUUGGAGCUUAUAUUUGAUAUUCUACUCCAUAAAAGUUAUAAAUGGAGUCUUUUAAGGA